AUGCCUCCAGCAUACAAACGCCUCGACCGCGACAACUGUGUCUUCCUGUUUGUCGACCACCAAUCUGGACUUAUUCAAUUGGUGCGCGAUUUCGAACCAACUGAAUUCCGGACCAAUGUUCUGGGAUUGGCCAAAUCCGCAGCUUAUUUCAACGCACCCUCGAUCCUGACCACCUCAUUCGACACUGGUCCCAAUGGUCCUAUUGUCAAGGAACUCACGGAUACAUUGCCCAAUGCUCCUUUGAUCCGGAGACCGGGCCAGGUUAAUGCCAUGGACAAUGAAGACUUUGCCAAUGCAGUAAAGGCAACUGGAAAGAAACAGGUGGUUCUCAGUGGCGUUCUCACUGAAGUCUGCGUCGCCUUCCCGGCACUGAGUCUGAUUGAGCAGGGCUAUGAUGUAUUCGUGGUGUCAGAUGCUUCUGGAACCUUUAAAGAGCACACCCGUGAAGCGGCUCACAAGCGGAUGGUGCAAGCGGGCGUGCAGCUCCUGAACUGGGCAGCAGUUUCUGCAGAGAUCCAGCGAGACUGGCGCCGGGACAUUGAAGGAUUCGGCAAACUAUGGACUGACCAUGUGCCUGGGUAUUGGUGUUUGAUGCAGAGCUACUCGAAUAACUCGGCCGAGAGCAAGUAG